AAUUUUUAUUUAAGAACUUUACAAAUCAAAGAAGCCAGGUCACGAAGAAACAUGAAAUCAGUUGUGUUCCUAUCACUCGUGAUUUUCUUCAGUGUUCUACCCAAGUACAGUCAACAAACAUUUUGGAGAAAACCAGCAUUGCCAUCAGAUCCAAAUGCUAACGUUUACCAGAGUAAGUUAAUAAAUAAUUUUCACUCAAGUAUUUUAUCGUUGUGGAAGUUUGACUGUCACAGUGUGCAUGCCUGUUGAAAGCAGUGCAAGUCCAGUUAUCUUUCCCAGUCCAGUCUGAACGGGGGUUUUAUACUGUGGAAAACUAUAGCCACUGAACCAUAUACACAAUCAAAUUACGUUUUCUAGAACUGCAAAACAUCCCUUCUCCACAACAAACCGCACAGAAGAUUUUGGCCAAUUUCAUAGGCUUUCAUCCAGGAAGAGUAGGGAAAAGAGCAAUUACUAAAGAGGAUAUUGUCAUUAUUAUGGAUGGAUCAGCGUCAGUCGGUCAAUGUGAAUUUAACGAAGGACGAAAGGCGUUGACCCAAACGAUAAGAAUGUGCGAAGUAAAGGGGCUCCAUAGCUGCCGAUAUGCUGCAGUCACCUUUUCGUCCGGAGCAAUAGUCAAUUUUAAAUUUCUACCUUCCGCAAUAGCAAGUCAAAAAAUGAGCGCAAUCACCUAUCCUUCGAAUUCUGGCGGUACAAAUACACAAGCAGGAUUGGCAGAAGCAGUGAAGCUAUUCCUAUCAGGUUGGUGAUCAUUACACAAAAGUUUAGUGUUGUUCCAGGUUUUUCCCAUUGAAUGGUUCAAUAGGUAUUUUUAGUACAGUUUUGCACUCAGUUUGCUUCUGCAGAACUAGUGCAUCAUUUUGUGGAAGGAGAUUGUUGGAAUCCUUAAAUGUUUUAAUACAGGUCCUUGACCUGAUUAUAUUGGUUACAUUGGUGGGGAACUGCUUGUGCAGUUUUACUAGGAAUAUUACAAUGAAGCACGCUGUCGCAUGUAUUUAUAUGACUACGCCUUACAAUACACUCUCCAGGCAAAUGGCCAUCCAUAUAUAUAAUUCAUUUUAAAAUUCCAAUAGAAUUCGAGAUCAACUCACUUUUGCCUAAAAUAUUGUUCGAACUUUGUUUAUAUAUAUUUCGGUAUACCGAAACUUGUUAAACUUUAAUUGAAAUCGAUUGUAAUAAGUAAUGGGCCGUCAAUGUAUUAUGUGAUAUGUUUCUUUUAUUAAGGAAGCCGACGCUCUUCAAAAUUAAAGGUUCUUCUCACGACUGAUGGACAGUCGAAUAUAGAUAAAUAUCUAACAAUACCCAAUGCUAAGAAGCUCAAAGAUAUGGGUGCGGAAAUUUUUGUUGUUGCAGUCGGUGACUAUAUCUAUGGAAUAGAUGAAAUGGCUAAAGUGGCUUCAUAUCCACCAGAGAAAUACGUUUACCGAGUAAAGACAAACAGCGCCCUUUUAUACGUUUUCGAAUUGGCUUGGGAGAAAGUGAGAAGUGGUUACAAGGCAAAACCGUAUGCAUCUCCAUGUAGUUGAACGUACUCCUGACGGACUGACGGAUUGAUUAAUUUAAUUAAAGCUCCAGUAAAUUUACAAAUGUGAUUAUAAUGUUGAUUAUAAGUAUAGACUGAACAAAAGUAGAUCAUAUAUGUCAUAUAUGAUGGUGCAUAAACUUGUAAUGAGGAAAUAAUAAUUAAAACAGUAAUCCAUGCAAUCUUGAAUUUGAAAGUGCUGUGAAUACUCGGUUACAAUUGUAUCGCGUUACAGGCUAGAUUUUUGAAAAGGAACGAAUUAUUGUAAUUAAAUACAAAAUAAAGGAACACGUUCCUUUUGCUUUAACG